AGGCUCGAGAGCCUUACCGGAAUGCACGAGCUGCAGAGAAAGUGAACGAACCGAUACAGAAAGAUGCAGGCGGACGAAAUGGAGGUACCUAUCAUUAAUAACAUUAACAGUAACUGCAACAAUCAAAGGCCUCUGCCGAAUGGGAGAGAUGUGUUCAAGAAUCUGCUGAAGGAUUGGGAGAGCUCCAUGGAGUCCCCUAACCUGGAGUUUGAGUAUGGGGACACAGACAGCCUGACUGCUGAACUCUCAGAGAUAUACAGUUACACGGAGGAGCCCGAGUUCGGCCUCAACAGGGACUACUUUGAGGAGGACUUCAGGAGCCAUGUGCGGGGGAGGAGGUGGAUUGAGCUGGGUCAGGAGCAGCAGAGGGCCUAUGUGAUGAGACUACUAGAUGCUCUGGAGGUCACUGACCGGGACAAAAGGCUGAAGGUGGCCCGGGCCAUCCUCUACCUGGCACAGGGGGUGUUUGAUGAGUGUGACACGGACGCGGACGUGAUCCACUGGUCUCGCCACAACGUGUUCCUGCUGUAUGACAUGGGCGUCUUCACCGCUCUCCUGGAGCUGCUGAGCAUGGAGAUGGAUAACAACCAAGCCUGCAGCAGUGCAGUGAGGAAACCUGCCAUCUCUCUGGCGGACAGCACAGAACUCAGGGUCUUGCUAAGCAUCAUGUACCUGAUGGUGGAGACCAUCCGUCUGCAGACAGAGGACGACAGGCCAGAGUGGAGAACUGCCAGAGAGGCCUUCAAGACUGAACUGGGUUCUCCUCUGUACAACGGAGAGCCAUUUUCCCUGUUGCUCUUCACCAUGGUGACCAAGUUCUGCAGUAUGAACGCCCCACACUUUCCCAUGAAGAAGGUUCUGCUCCUGCUCUGGAAGACCAUCCUGUUCACCAUGGGGGGCUUCGAGGAGCUCCAGGAGAUGAAGGUUCGAGGGAGAGAGAGGCUGAGCCUGCCCCCCCUGCCUGAGGACAGCAUCAAGGUGAUCCGGAGCAUGAGAGCAGCCUCUCCUCCAGCCUCGGCAAUGGAGCUCAUCGAACAGCAACAGCAGGCCAAGAGAGGACGCCGCAGCCGCAGGAGUGCCUUUGUUGAUAGCUUGGAAGGAGACAGUCCCUUUCCCAAGAAGCAGCCCCUGGUAAAGCAGGACAGCCUAGACACGUACAACGAGCGAGACCCCUUUAAGAACGACGACGCACGCGACGAGGAGGAGGAUGGCGAGGAAGCCGACAGUGGCAUCGAGGGCGAGGUGGACCCCCUGGACCGUGAUGUCAUCAUCCAGCCGCCACCCCCACCGCCCCCGCUCAGACCCCCCACUGAGAGAGCGUCCCUCCCCAAGGGUCUGCCCUGGGCCCCCAAAGUCAGAGAGAAAGACAUCGAGCACUUCCUGGAGACCAGCAGGAACAAGUUCAUCGGCUUCACUCUGGGAAAUGACACAGAGACACUGGUCGGUCUUCCUAGGCCCAUACACGAGAGUGUCAAGACCCUCAAACAGCACAAAUAUGUCUCUAUAGCUGAGAUGCAGAUCAAGAGGGAAGAGGAGCUUCAACAGUGCCCCAUGACCCUGGGACAAGAGGAUGUGGAUGAGACCCCAACAGAGAUCCUGUAUCUGGGAAUGCUUCCUAACCUGUCUCAGUAUGUGAUUGCCCUUCUGAAGCUGCUGCUGGCUGCAGCACCCACCUCCAAGGCCAAGACGGACUCCAUCAACAUACUGGCUGACGUGCUGCCAGAGGAGAUGCCAAUCACGGUCCUCCAGAGCAUGAAGCUGGGUAUUGACGUGAACAGACACAAGGAGAUCAUUGUCAAGGCCAUCUCUGCACUUCUGCUGCUGCUCCUCAAGCACCUGAAACUCAAUCACAUCUACCAAUUUGAGAUUGUCUCUCAACACCUGGUGUUCGCUAACUGCAUCCCACUCAUCCUCAAGUUCUUCAACCAGAACAUCAUGUCUUACAUCAGUGCCAAAAACAGUAUAUGUGUGCUGGACUUCCCUCACUGUGUGGUCCACGAGAUGCCUGAGCUCACGGCUGAGAGCUUGGAAGCUGGAGACAGUAAUCAGUUCUGCUGGCGUAAUCUCUUCUCCUGCAUCAACCUGCUGAGGAUCCUCAACAAGCUGACUAAGUGGAAACACUCCAGGACCAUGAUGCUGGUGGUGUUCAAGUCUGCUCCCAUCCUGAAGAGGGCGCUGAAGGUCAAACAGGCCAUGAUGCAGCUGUAUGUCCUCAAGCUGCUCAAGAUCCAGACCAAGUACCUGGGCCGCCAGUGGAGGAAGAGCAACAUGAAGACCAUGUCAGCCAUCUACCAGAAAGUACGACACAGGCUCAAUGACGACUGGGCCUAUGGCAACGAUAUCGACGCGCGGCCGUGGGACUUCCAGGCGGAGGAGUGCGCCCUGAGGGAGAGCAUCGAGAAGUUCAACAGCCGUCGCUACGACAAGAACCAGAACGGCGAGUUCGCCCCGGUGGACAACUGCCUGCAAAGCGUUCUGGGCCAGCGUGUUGAGCUGCCGGAGGACUUCCACUACAGCUAUGAAAUGUGGCUGGAGAGAGAGGUGUUUUCACAGCCUAUCCAAUGGGAGGGUCUACUACAACAGGCCUAAUGAGCGGGGAGGACACGCAUACCAGGGACACAAGCCUACGACUACUGUGAUCUUCAUGUAAAUAUGUGGCAGAAAUAGAACAUCAGUUUGUAGUCACCUGUAUCCAUGCAGAAAUUGUACAGUAAUGGUAUAGACAGUAAUAACGAUGUCAUGGCAACUUGGCAGGAGCAGGCUCUUACAGUACAAGCUAUGUGGAAUACUGUCACUAUUCUGUCAGUCACAACAUCCAAUCCAACCACUAUGUCCAAACCACCAGUUCAUUUUCUUCUCUCACUCAAUUUGAUUCGCUUCUGUGCUUUGUGGAAUAAUUCAUUUUAAAACCGUGGCAUGUCCUUUCUUUAAACGAAUUAAGCACUGACACUGUUCUUAGUUUAUGUUGUAAUGUUUUGCAUGUGUAUUUAUUCAUGAUCACAGCCAUUAUGUUUUAGUUCGUAAAUCUCAUAGGUGCAGAUGAUAUUGUGGCUGAUCUGUAUAUUUCUAGAAAAAAAGGGCAUUUUUGGAAAGACUGUCUGGGAGUGGUCUGAGUAGGGAGGGGAAAAGUAGCUGUUAUUGGCAGACAGGUUUUGAACUCUUUUAUGGGUCUAUUAACUCAUGUUCCCCGCCUGCGGAUGUCGCUAGGCAGACCAUAACUCCAUCCCAAAGAAACAGGAAGAAACAGCACAUACAUUGAAAGGGGCAUUAUCAUCAUUUUCACAGUAUUAUUCCAACCUCGUAGUGUGGAAAUGUGUAUAAACCACAGGAUAAUCACAUUUUUGACUGCACUGAGCUUUAAGGGAGAAUUGAACCACAUUUCCCCUUCCUAGGUUAAUAGUAUUUUAGUUUAUGUAAUCACACAGAUAUUCCUAUAAGUCAUUGAUCAUCAACUAGAUCCAGCCGCGGGAUGUUUUUUUCUUCUUGAGCGGAUGGUCAAGGGGCCGAAACAACAUAAUUGCAAAUCAUUUGUAUACAUAAAAUUGACUGCAAAAACCUCAAACACAUAUAGGGUUUGACAAAGAUAAUAACUUCCAAACUUGCUUACAUUUGUAUGCGAUCCUGUCUCUAUUAUGCGUGGGAAUACUUGGGAACAGAUUUCCACAAUUAAAGUCACAUGGAGCUGAUUUCCUGGUGUUUAAAACUUUAUUUUUUAUGUCCAACAAUGACAAGAAAUUAAAUCACCCGCGGGCCAAAUUCGACCCACGGCCCGGCCGUGGAAAACCUUUUUGAGGCUGAUCUGAAGGGUUUGACCAGGGUUUGGAGGCUUGAGGGGGUUCAUCGGCCCAACGUGGGAAGGCUGUCUCUGGGUAAGUCGAGGGCAGUGUCCCUGACUCCCUCUGGGAACCCAACGAGUCCUGUGGGCUUCACUCUCUGUCCUCCCAAAGGUGUCAUGGCUGCCUUGGUUUAGCCCUCAAUCCACCUCCCCACAGCAGCUAACCUUGAAUAACAGCUGAAGGGAUACACGCGACCUCGUGAGGCUGAUCUCCCUCGCUGAAUAAACAGUAGUUGUCACACAAUGGUGCUGAUUUUUUACGAGAUCUGUUGUCUAGUCAAUUUCUUUCAUUGUAAAGCAGAACUACCGUGGGCUGUCAAGGCCAUUAAGUAUUCUCUGAGUGUUCUGUAACUUUCUCUUAAGGUUAUAGAACAUUCUCUGAUGACACAAGCACAUAAGACAUCAUCCUUUUUCAUAUUAUCUAGUGUAGUCUUUAGUGUUUCUCUCCGGGGAAUUUGUGUAGGCGGCCGAGAUGUACUUGGUUGUAUUAUAUUUGUAUUGAACGAUGAUGAUUGUGUAACUGUGUUGUGCUUCUUUGUGGAAUCUAAGUGUGCAUGGCUGCAGUUUUAUAUUUCUGUUUGAAUAUGUCAUGUUUAAAACUGUAUUCUGAAAUUUUAUACAAUAUUUCGAAAUGUGACUUUUGUUGAAAUUCCGUUUUUAGAACACAAAUUCAAAAUGUACUCUCACCCAUGAUUUGGUAUAUGUAGGGUGUUUUGGUAAAUGUCUAUCGAGUCAGCACCAUGUCUCAAAAGACAUGUCAAGUUUGUCCCACACAGGUGAAGACAAAGUCAUUUGACUUUCUGAGUUUUCUUGAAUGCAAAAGCUUUCAAAAAUAACUGCUUAUCUUGAGGAUUCUCAGGUUCAGAAUGUACAAUAAUUGUAAAGAUCAACAACUAUGGCUUCCUCCUCACUACCUAUACAGUAUGUAAGUACGAGUGGAACUGCUGGAAUAGCAAUAAUAUGAUCCAAUCACAAUCUAAGCAUUGAAAAGUAGUCUAUACUUUGAUUGACACAUGCAGUAACCUAACACAAUGUUGAUAAUUUCUUUACACUUGUUGCAGUUGCUCCUGACUUUGUUUCAGAAACCCUAUAACCUUGUGCCAAUGUAAUGAGUGCCAGUUUUUGAUUAUAAAUGAAUGCCUUACUCAGAGCACCUCUCAUUCAAAACAAUGCAAUCUCUCUUUUUCUACAUAAAAUCACUGGAAAUACUCUACAGUACAUGUAUGUAUGAGUUCUGGCAGUUGGAGGAUGUGUUCCUAGAUGUGUUUUACAGUGUUUGGAUAUUGCUAUUUGUGUGGUUUUUUUUUGUGUCAUAAUUAUAGGAGUGUAAAAAUAAUAAUAUUGAUUUUGUUCAGGGGUAUGUGAAAUGACUGUCCUGUACAGCAGCAUUAUUCCGUUGAAAGACAUCAGAGUUGAAACUUGUAAGAUAAUUCUGUCCUUCAUUAUACUGUAUUUUCUAAAUAAAGAGAUGAAUGGUUUUAAUUAGUA